AAUCUCCUCACAACAUGCCUUUACCAGCGCCGCCACCGCCUGUUCGCGUCAUUAUUCGCUUGCCUUACAACCGUCCACACGAAGGUUACGAGAAUCCGCCUCAGAUAGAAUGGACCCCGAAGAAAGAGAGUAUAUUAUGGGAGGUCAUUGCCAAGUCAAGAGCCUCCGAUAGCGGUGGAACAGAUUGGCAAGGACUCGCUUUACAUUUAGAAGUACCACUCCCAUAUCUGCUAUUCAGAGCACAAACGCGCUACGAAGAAGACCUCAAGGGCAUACAACAUCUCCAAGGACCCUUUGCACCGGCCGCAGGACCGCCUUCAGCUAAAGCUGUCGAUGAAGAUGGGAAGGGUCAAGAUCAGGUUGGACUUGCUAGGAAGACAUCGUCCCGCGCUACGUGCAGUACAAAGUUACCCGCUUCUGGUCGUCUCAACACACCGCUCGGGAUCCGUGCGAGAUUGAAUUCGCUAGGCUAUGACUCUGGUUCGAGACACUCAAAGGCUUCCUCAUCCUCUGUACUUACACUCCAGGGCCCUAAGCCACCUCCAAUACGGACAUCGACUUCCUCAUUACCAUACCCCGACUCAAAUUCAGAAUCGGAAGAAGAAGCGGAGAAAGCGGAAGAGGAGGAACGUCGAUUGGAGGAACAGGAGGCGCUUGACAAGAAGUUGAAGCAUUUGCAGUCUAUAAUGACAAGCAAUACUCUCGGACUUGUUAAGGAGGCUCAACCCAAGAAGAAGGGUAAGGAGGUCCAACGGGGACGUGAUGUCAGGUCACCGACAUCACCCUCGCCACUACGUCAAACAUUUGCUGGGAGUUUUCGUAGAGACCUGAGUUCUAGCGAUCUUAAUUCCAACACAAGCUCCCCUCAAGGGUCUAUUCCGUCCAUUCCUUCCCCGCCCCCUGAGAACGAACCGCGUUCACCUGUUGCGAGACAUUUUCAGCACACGAAGUCAUCUAGUCCGCCUGCUAUCUCAAGGGUCCAAGCGCAUGUGCCGUACAGACCGAUGACAGUCGGGUUGACGCAUACAAGCGAUAGGAGUAGUACGCAUGGAUCAAGUGCGUCGAGUUUUACAGAUAUUAGUGAUAUGAGCCUGUCCUCCGCGGAGGCGCUAGAGAAUGCGUUACAGUCAAACUUCCCCGGAACGGGUUCUCGAAUGUAA